AUUAGAUUCGUCUGUCUGAUAUUACACUGCCUGCCGGAGAAAUUGGAGUGCAUGUUUAAUUUUUUAUACAAAACUUUGUUAAAAUAAACAAAAAAGAGGAGCCUUUAACAUGUCGGACGGAGAUUUAGAUGCACUACGCGCACAGCGCAUGUCGCAAUUCGGUGGCGGCGGUGGCAACGAUGCCGAGAAGCAACAGGCCCAGCAGGAGCAGAUGCGCGCCCAGGAGGAAAUGAAGCACUCAAUCCUCUCCCAAGUGCUAGACCAACAAGCACGCGCCCGCCUAAACACACUGAAAGUGAGCAAACCGGACAAAGCUCAGAUGUUCGAGAACAUGGUGAUUCGCAUGGCGCAGAUGGGUCAAGUGCGUGGCAAGCUGGACGACGCCCAGUUCGUGAGCAUCCUGGAGAGCGUGAAUGCCCAAAUGCCACAGAGUAAAUCCACCGUGAAGUACGACAGACGCCGUGCAGCCAUCGACAGCGAUGAUGAUGAGGAUUAUGGUUGCUGAUUGGAGAUUGUUUGAUAAGUCAAAUGCUAACUUAAGUUUUCCUUUUACACCGAUACUGAAACUGAAACUGAUACAUACAAUUCACACACAAACACACGUGCUUUAGAUCAUGGUAAUUACCAACUAUGUUUAUUAAAUUAAAAAAAACACACAUCGA